CCUCCUCCUUCUCCUCCUUCUUCUCGCCACUCAAGAUGAAGAUCUGCUCUCUUGGAGACGCCUGACAGACAGUGAGGGGAGCUGAGGCGAGCACUGAAGCCCUAUUUUUCAAAUCGGUACUUUCUCUCUCUCUCUCUCUCUCCCUCUCUUUCUUUUUUUUGUCCUCUCUUCUUUUCUUUCAUCCCCUCUCAGUGUUUUUCCCUUCUUCAAAAGCCCAGAGGAGAGGUCUCUCAAGGUCCUACCUGGGUGAGGAGGAAAACAGCGUCGAGAGUCGUCCACUGAAGGGGCCACCACUACCACCACACGGAGACCAUGGGCAACCCGUGCAUCUGCGCCCUGGAGCUGCUGGGCAUGCUGGUGGGCUCCGCGGCCUGGUUCUGCUCCCUGGCCACCAUGCUCCUGCCCCAGUGGCUGACGCUCUCCACCGAGCUGCUGCCCACGGAGAGCUUCGAGCAGGGCCUGUGGGAGACGUGCGUGGUCCAGGAGAUGGGCGGUCUGGAGUGCCGGCCAUAUGACACCAUCCUGGGCCUGCAGCCCGAGAUCCAGAUGGCGCGCAUCCUCAUGUGCCUGUCUCUGAGCACCAGCCUGCUGGGGCUGCUGGUGGCCGUGCCCGGCCUGAGCCAAAUAAAGAGCUGCCAGGGCGAGGAAGGCCACUGUGCCAAGCGAGCGCUGAAGAUCAUCGCCGGGACAUUGUGCGUGGUGUCCGGCGUGGUGGGGCUAGUGCCCGUGUCAGUGGCAGCGCACACGACCGUGGUGAAGUUCUUUGAUGAGCGGGUGCCUGAGGUGAUCCCGCGCUGGGAAUUUGGCGACGCCAUCUUCAUCGGAUGGGUGGCUGGAUUCCUGCAUGUGAUCGCAGGGGUGCUGUUCAUCACAUCCUGCCCAGGAUCGAACCGAGGCCAGGCGAGAUUCACGCAGCACCACCGCAGACAAGAGGUCAGGACUAUCCACAGCUCACCUAGGAAGCAUUCCGAGUAUGUCUAAGCCACUCCAGCUCCGAGCCCAGUGCAUGGGGAGAGGGGUGGAGGGACCCUUCAGCCUGGAUCCAGUAUGAAGUUUUUAUUGAGCUGAAAGACUAAAUACUGGCAAACAUUUUCAGUUUAAAUGAGUUCAGAUCACAGUUGUUAUUUUAAAUCAAAGAAAUUGGAGUGGUUGCUGAUCAUUUCUGCUCAGUAUUCUGAGGACAACACCUUUAUUUUUGGUUGUUAAUGUUUCAACUGGUCUUCUUUGUGUCAGGUAAUAAUUCUUUUUUUAACUCACUCUGCAUGCGCUUCAUUCAGUAAAAGUCAUUCAUAGACAAAUAUGUAUGUUAUCAUAUUGAGUGGCAGUAUAUACUCAGUAGUUCACGCACCAGCUCAAACAUGUUAUUAUUUCAUUUGCUGUACAAAGAUCCUCAUAUUUUGCUUUUUUUAUUCUUAUGACCUGUGAGUUUAAUAAUGAACUUUUGUUUUCUUAGACUGCCAACAUACUUUUAUUGAAUCUGACGAUAGGAGACUUUCUUGACAUAAUGUUAUACAUUACACAUAUAAUCUACUGUGUUGCACUGUGUAGCAGUUGAGAAAUUUAAUGAGAUUGAAGAACAUCAGAAUGAAACAUCCAUUGAAGAAAUAUGACUUUAUGAUUACUGUAUGUAUCUUAAUGUAAAUUAUAAUUAUUGUACAGUUAUUUGGACACAUAGGCCAACUAGAGCUACAGAAACCACACAGACAUUUUACACACUUAAACAAGCACACAAGCACACAAACACACAAACACACACUCACACACACACACACACAAACACACAUACAUACACACACACACACUAAGUGGUGGAAAAAACUACAAUGUGUAGUCAUGAUUUAUAAAGAGUUCACAGCUUAAUUUGAAUAUGGACUUUUAAUAUGAUUCUGAGACAUCUGUUUGCUCAAAAGCUCUCUUCUCAGUGUAGGGUGUGGUAUUAUUAAGCUUCAACACCUUACAUUUGCAUACACUCUAAGGUUGGUGAAGGAGAGCAACCUCUCCAUGUCAAAUACAACUGGACAACUUAACUUUAAGUGGAUUUAAAGUAGAUCUAACUCCUGCUAGCAAGCUGUUACUACAAUAUAAUUUCUCUGGCUCUCCAGAAUAAUUUGACUUUGCACAUUCACGCCAACCUCAUACAUUUUCCAUGAAAGGUUUGAUGUGUAUCAAAAACACCUAAAUGGAACCUUCAGGAAAAAAAUGUAAAAAAAUAGCUAAUUUACAUUUUCAACAUUUUUGAGAUUUAUAUCAGGUCUAAUUCAAUAUAAGCCUUCAUGGCAGGGAAGUCCAUAUCAAGGAAGCAGCCAAACAGUCAUUUAAAAGUGUCCUUGCGGUGUUGUGAAAAACUCCUGUCCUGAGCCUAAUUGCCUCUGAUUUCUCCCUUGUCAGUCACCAGGAUAAGCUGCAUUUAACGAUCGCUCUAACGAGCAGCACGUCCUGUGAAGAAUGCAGGACAGACUGCCCCUCCACCUUCUCCUUAAAAUAAUUACACAAACCUGCCAAGGUCAGACGGUUAUAUGGCUAUUUCCUUUUCUCUUUUCUCUUCCCCCCUUGUGCCGGUCUCUCUUACUCCAAGGGACAUGGAUGAUAUGGUCAUUGUAUUCUUUUUUUUUAAUUGCAUUCUAGUUUACGCACUCUUGUAUAAAGUUUAAAUAGUGCACUCUGAAAGAAUUGUUGUUAUCUUUUGUUUUCAUAGGGUAUGUAGGCUAUCUCUUCGACCAUCUUGUUUCACAUAAUGUUAUAGAAGUAGCGAUGUAAGUAUAAGGUACAUUACACAUUUGUCUGUUAAUAUGUGGAAAUUUCUAAUGUAUAAACAAUUUGAGGGCUUGGGUAAAGCUCUUUAAACAGCA